GUUGCUCCCGGGGCCAGUGACAGCCAAGGCCGGCCCCGGACGAGCCCCUGGUGCAGCCUUCGGGCUGCGCUUCCCCACCCCUCGCCGUUCUCGCUGUUUGGACAGGUCAGGCCAGGCUCAACCACUGAGCCUGAAACUGAAUGGACCAUGAAGGUCAAGGUUAUUUCAGUCUUGGAAGACAACUACAUGUAUUUGGUCAUUGAAGAGAAUACCAGAGAAGCCAUUGCAGUAGAUGCAACAGUUCCUAAAAGGUUGCUGGAAAUUGUUAAGAAGGAGGAAGUGAAGCUGACAACCAUCCUGACCACUCAUUAUCACUGGGAUCAUUCCAGGGGCAAUGAGGAGCUGGUGCAGCUGUGUCCAGGGCUCCGGGUGUGUGGUGCUGAUGAACGCAUUGGUGCCUUGACACACAAGUUGACUCACAACCAGGAGCUCAAGUUUGGAGCCAUCUGUGUGCGGUGCUUGCUCACACCUGGCCACACCUUGGGCCACAUGUGUUACUUCAUGUGGGAAGACAACUGUCCAGAUGCUCCAGCUGUGUUCUCAGGCGAUGCCUUGUUCAUCGGUGGUUGUGGUCGACUCCUGGAGGGGACAGCAGAACAAAUGUACCGGAGCCUCAAUGAAACACUGGGGACUCUGCCCAAGGAAACUAAAGUGUUCUGUGGGCAUGAGCAUACUGUGAGGAAUCUCAAGUUUGCUUUGAAAGUGGAGCCUGAUAAUGAAGCUGUGAAAACAAAGUUGGCUUGGGCCAAAGCUAGAGACGAUGAUGACAUACCCACAGUACCUUCGACCCUAGGAGAGGAGUUUCACUAUAACCCCUUCCUAAGAGUAGUAGAAGAAUCUGUCCAGAAAUACACUGGGAAAAAGGAUCCGGUGGAGGUCAUGAAAGUUCUACAUAUGGAAAAUGACAAUUUCAAAAAACCUGCGGAACCACUGGACCCUCGUGCAGUCCUUGCACUAGAGUGGGGCCUCUUGGGCUCUUUAGUGCAAAAGAAAUAAAGCCAGUGAAACUAGCACUUACAAGUUGGGCCCAACUCACCUGACAUUUGGCAACACUACAGGUGGGAAGGACUCCUACAGUGGUACAUUGCUUGUUUUAAAUUAAUUCUUUGGAGAGCUUUUCCUGGGCUUAUUUUGGCUUACUGCUGCUAAGAUUUUGGGGAUGAAUCUUCGAUUUUCUUGGCAGAUGGUUUCUUCCUGUAGUUGGCUAAUCUGUGGUUUUAAUCUGAUUUAGUAUUAUUUCAAAGGGGAAAGAGCCCUGUAGCUGGAAUCAGAAGACCUGGGUUUGAGGCCUGGCUCCAUCCCCUACCUUGGGCAAGUCAUUCUACUUCAGUUUCAUCUGUAAAAUUAGGGUACUGAAUUAAAUGCUCUCUGAAAUCUCCUCUAGCCAUAAAUUUAUUAUUCUGUUGCUAAUUUAUCACUUUUCUUUCUUCCUCCCUUCCUUUUUUUUUUUUCUUGGAAGGGCAGCAGCCACUUAUGGGUCCAAUUCCAGUAUUGAGGGGGGUAUGGAAGCUUUAACCUACUGUUUUUUCCAACCUGGGCUGCUUUGCCCCUCCUUUGGCAGCCUGGUGGCCCUCUUCUUCUGAAAGCUCACCCUACUGGUGCCAGACUUAGCAUACCUGAUUGGCUUUAGCCCUGUCGUUCAGAACUUCUCAACUCAAAUGUCACCCCAGCCUCAGGGACCACAGAUGUGUACCAUCACACUCAGCUGCAGCCACAUUUUUUUCUAAAAGGUAUUAAAAUCUAGUUUUAAUCAUGGGCUAUAACCUUUCCUUACAUAUCACUAUUGCACCUGCAUUGCCUAUAAUAUGUAAAGAAAGUCUGUGGAAAUAAAACCCAUUUUGGAAAAUGGAA